AUGUCUUUCCGUGGCCGUGGUUUCGCCACCGGUGCCAACCGGGGCGGCUUUGGUAGCCGUGGUGGUCGCGGAGGCUUCCAGCCGUCGUUCGGACCGCCCGCGCAAGUUCUCGAGAUGGGAACGGUGAUGCACUCGUGCGAGGGCGAAAUGGUUUGCGAAUCGAUCAACCCGAAGAUCCCCUACUUCAACGCCCCGAUCUACCUGGAGAACAAGACUCCUAUCGGCAAGGUCGACGAGGUCCUCGGUCCCAUCAACCAGGUGUACUUCACCAUCAAGCCUCAGGAAGGCAUUGUCGCAACGUCGUUCAAGCCCGGCGACAAGGUGUUCAUUGGAGGUGACAAGCUCCUUCCGCUGGAGAAGUUCCUCCCCAAGCCCAAGCCCCCGCCAGGAGCUGCGAAGCCGAAGCGUGCUGGAGGUGCCCCCCGCGGCGGCGGUGCUCGGGGUGGUCGUGGCGGUGGAUUCUCGCGCGGUGGUCGUGGUGCUCCCCGCGGAGGAGCCCCCCGGGGUCGUGGAGCACCCCGAGGUGGUGGUCGUGGCGGCGGUGGAUUCUCGCGCGGUGGUCGUGGAGGACCUCGUGGCGGUCCCCGUGGUCGUUUUUGA